CUUACUGGCGACUUAGAUAAAAAAUGUUAUAGUCCAAAAAUAACUAAGUAAAAAUGUACAAAAGCGUUUGCUGGACAUUGUUCUACAGAAAUGGGCGUGUAGUUAAACCCUCGACGCUACGACGUUCACUCUGCACAACUAAGACCCUCAGCUGCAGUUCUGGUGCAACUGAAGAGCCGCAGACACAGGAUGAAGUAAUGCGAGAGUUUUCCAAAAUACCUGUGCAACGCAUCCGAAACUUUAGCAUCAUAGCUCACGUAGACCAUGGUAAAAGUACACUAGCUGAUCGUCUGCUUGAGCUAACAGGCGCUAUAUCGCAAAACACGGGUCAGCACCAAGUGCUGGAUAGCUUGCAGGUGGAGCGUGAGCGCGGCAUAACUGUAAAAGCUCAAACAGCGUCCAUAUUUCACAAGUACAAGGGUAAACUGUAUUUGCUCAAUCUGAUAGACACUCCCGGCCACGUUGAUUUCUCCAACGAGGUCUCCCGCUCGUUGGCAGCUUGUGAUGGAGUCAUAUUGCUCGUAGAUGCCUGCCAUGGUGUCCAGGCCCAGACUGUUGCCAAUUACCACUUGGCUAAGCAGCGGGAGCUGGCCGUUGUGCCAGUGCUUAAUAAAAUUGAUAUUAAACAUGCGAAUCCCGACCGGGUGUGCAAGGACCUCCAAUCGCUGUUUGGGAUUGAUCCAGCUACCAUACUUAAAAUCUCUGCCAAACUGGGCACUGGAGUACCUGAGGUGUUAGAUCGGGUUAUUGAAGCCAUACCAGCACCUAAAGUGAAACGUGACAGUCAGUUUCGCGCGCUAAUAUUUGAUAGUUGGUUUGACAAAUAUCGCGGUGCUCUUAAUUUAAUUUACGUGCUUAAUGGAACACUUGCACAAGGACAGGAUAUACAGUCGCUGGCCACGAAGAAGUUUUACCCUGUCAAAAGCAUAUCGGUGCUGCGUCCUGCUGAAUGCCAUGUCUCCUCUUUAGCUGCCGGUCAAGUGGGCCUCAUUGCCUGCAACAUGCGCAGCAGCAAGGAGUCUAUUAUCGGGGAUACUAUUCAUCUGAAAAACGAGCAGGCCACAGCCGCCGGCAGCUAUAAGCCACAACAGCCGCUAGUCUUUGCAGGCGUCUUUCCUGUGGAUCAGUCCAAACAUGUAUCACUGCGAAGCGCCAUUGAGAAAAUGGUCCUAAACGACUCGGCAGUUACCGUUAAAGUUGACUCUAGUCCAGCGCUCGGACAGGGCUGGCGUUUGGGUUUCCUGGGUCUGCUGCACAUGGAGGUAUUCUGCCAGCGUCUGGAGCAGGAACAUGGAGCCGAGCCCAUCAUAACAGCACCAUCAGUCACGUAUCACGUGGUUUUGAGCAAUCCAAAGAUGAUUAAACAAUCUGGUAAAGAUACACUCGAAAUUUCCAAUGCAGCUCUCUUUCCCGACCCUAUAAACAUAAAGGAGUACUACGAGCCACUCGUUCUGGGCACAAUAAUAACGCCCACAGAGUACGUGGGUCAAAUUAUUGGUGUCUGUGUAGAGCGGAGGGGCGUGCAGCAAAGCUCCAUAAACAUCGACGACUCACGCAUUCUGAUGAAAUACAUUUUACCCCUGAGCGAGAUUAUUCUAGACUUUCACGAUCGGCUGAAGUCCCUCAGCUCGGGCUAUGCUAGUUUCAGCUAUGAAGACUACGGCUACCAUGAGACUGAUUUGGUGCGCCUGGACAUUCAUCUAAACGGGCGGCCCGUGGAGGAGCUGUGUCGCAUUGUGCACACCUCAAAGGCGACAGGAGUGGCCCGCGACAUGGUCCACAAACUGAAAGAUCUGAUUCCCAAGCAGAUGGUGCAGAUCGCCAUACAGGCGUGUGUGGGCAGCAAGGUGCUAGCACGUGAAACGAUCAAAGCCUACCGCAAGGAUGUCACAGCCAAGCUGUAUGGUGGAGAUGUGACGCGUCGUAUGAAGCUGUUGCGUCAGCAAGCGGAGGGAAAGAAGAAAAUGCGCAUGUUUGCCAAUGUUCGAGUUCCGCACGAGACUUUCAUUAAUGUGCUGAAGCGUUGAGCUUCCGAUGCAUGUUGAGUGACCGAUCAGACAAGACAUACAAAAUAUUUAGAUAUUCGGAACUAAUUUAGCGUAUUAUGUUUUUGACUUUCAAUAAAAUUUGUGGAACUACAACGCUGUCAACAUAAUCGAUGCCUUUAUUCUCAUCAGCGGUGGUUGCCAGCAAUCGGCCGGUGGAUCCAUAUUUUUGCACUUUUCCUA